AUGUACAAUCGCUCGUUUCGUGUCCCAAAACGUCUCGACACGGUGACCAUACCGAUGUUUGGUUCAGAACGAUUGCCGAGCACUCGAUCCGAACGAUGCUUGCCACGUAUCACCACUGCAUUCGUCUCUGAUUGCUCCGAUAUGCAGUGUCUAUCGCCGAACCGUGAAAGAAACAACGCGAAUCCGCGUCUAGUACGUGGGCGGAUUGUGUACAAGUCGAAGCGCACUCUUCAUAGAGUGGAUGCCCAAACGCCAAGCAGAGAUAGCAGUCUGUAUGCACAACCUCCGGCUCGACGACAUUUAAGCCAACCGGCUCGCGAAGGAAGUCUCAGGGCGUGCCGUUCACACGAAUCACUGCUCAGUUCGGCACAUUCGACACAUAUGAUUGAAUUGGAUAACGAAAAUUGCCUUCACCCUAUCCACGCUUCCAUCAUGGACGUGCCGAACUGUUUCCGAAUGCAACAAACCUACUACGCCUGCCGAUCCCAGAACGAAAGAGCCAAAUGGAUGGAGCAUCUCACAAAAUUGCCGUACUGUGAGCUGUGCCUCGCGGCGUUUCGCCUCAGUAUUAUCCGGAAAUCGACCAGACCUAGGUUCAUUUUUCUUUUGUUCUCGUCUUCUCGAUUUGAAUAA